CUGCAUUAUUAAAUUACAAGUGGAAAAACAUUAAUAUAAUAUGUGUGUGUAGACUAGUAAGUACAAAAAAAAAAAAAGGAAUCUGGAUAUUGAAAGAAAAAAGAGUUUAAUAAUAAAACUAAAAGUUACAUAACGUAAAGAGCUUAUUAACAAACAAAAUGCGAAUAUCCGACCCGUAAAGAAAUGCGGAUAUCCGGUAGGGCUAAGUCUGUAGCUUCUCCAUUUCAUCUUCUUUCUCUUCUCCAUAUUCACAGAUUUUUUUCCUAUAAAGAUUUGCAUCUUCCAUUGCUCUUCUCAUCGUUAAAUACAUCUCUCUGUUUUUUUUUUUUUUACUUCAGUUUUUCGAUUAUGUCAUUAAGCAAUCCAAUGACCUGGACACUCUCCCACAUGGUGGUUCCAGGAAUAAACUCGAUUAUUACGUCGGCAAAUUUCACGGCUAGUCGAACAAGUCCAUUAGAUAUGAAAUUUCCCUCGCCUGGAAGUUCGAAGAGGUACGAAGACGGCGGUGGAAUUGGUUUAGGUAUCGUCGCUGCGCUUGAGAAAUCCGGCAUCGGGAUCAAUCCGGUUUGCUAUCCUACAACCGGUUCAAACGGAUACGAUCUGGUUCGCUAUCGUAGGAGAGUCCAAUUGGCGACGGAUAUUGAUCUAUCUGACUCUGAGGAAUACACUUGCGUCACGACUCGUGAUGGCCGGACCAAAGUCUAUUACAACGAAGAAGAAUUUGAAUUUAGUCAGAAUCUAUCGACCGGUGAUCAGAGAUUGAAAAAAUCGAUAGAAAUGGUCGAGGUAUCACCGGUGAAGAAGAGAGAGGUGUUGAGAGAUUCUCCAGAUUUUCUGACUUCAUGUUGCUUGUGUAAGAAGAAACUUCAAGGCAAAGACAUUUACAUGUACAAAGGAGAUGAAGGAUUUUGUAGUAGAGAGUGUAGAUCGUUGAAGAUAAUGGAUGAUAGUUUAAACGAGCAACAUAAAUUGAGAAACUCUCCAUGCGUCGGAGAAGAGAUUGCCUUCCCCGGAAUAUUCUUGAUAUGAAUUUGUGAGUGGUCAGGUUGAUUCUACCAACAAUCACAGAUUUUGUAUAUUUUGUCAAAUAGCCAUAUUUGUCAAGGCUUCGUUUUGAGUA